GCUGCUUCUUACACUUGCUUCUGACACAACCGUGUUCACUAGCAACUACACAAACAGACAUCAUGGUGCAUCUGAGUGGUGAAGAGAAGGGUCUUGUCACCGGCCUGUGGGGCAAGGUGAACGUGGACGAAGUCGGUGGUGAGGCCCUGGGCAGGCUGCUGGUGGUCUACCCCUGGACUCAGAGGUUCUUUGACUCCUUUGGUGACCUGUCCUCUGCUUCUGCUGUUAUGGGCAACGCUAAGGUGAAGGCCCAUGGCAAGAAAGUGCUGAACUCCUUCAGUGAUGGUCUGAAGAAUCUCGACAACCUCAAGGGCACCUUUGCUAAGCUGAGUGAGCUGCACUGUGACAAGCUGCACGUGGAUCCUGAGAACUUCAGGCUCCUGGGCAACGUGCUGGUGUGCGUGCUGGCUCGCAACUUUGGCAAGGAUUUCACCCCGCAGGUGCAGGCUGCCUAUCAGAAGGUGGUGGCUGGUGUGGCCACUGCCCUGGCUCACAAGUACCACUAAGCUUCCUUUCCUGCUUUCCAGGAAGGGCCCGUUUUGACCCAGAGCCCAACAACUGAACAUGAUAAUCUUUUGAAGGGUGUUGGGUAGCUGGUUUCUGCCUAAUAAAGAGCAUUUAUUUCCAUUGCA